AUGCGGGACCUCAGCACAGCGUGGAGCUUGCAUGGAAGGCGAGUGCAGCGCGUUCGGCCAGGACGCGCCGUGGUCGGUAGCGAUCCUGCGUCGGAACCGCCCGUGAAGAGGAGAGCCACAGAGAAAGAAGUCGGAGAUAGCACGCAGGCUUUGGCUGAUGAUGCGGGCAAGCUCAUUCUCGCUUCUAGUGCCACGGCAUUUGGAGUGGGCACGGCUGGGUCAGUGGUUUUCAUUAUCGGCCCCUCACAGAAUCUGCGCAAGAAGCCCAUGCUCUUGAAAUGCCGAUUCUGGAAAAGCAUUUGUGAAAGUGCAGUCGGUGCCAUGGGCGUUCCGUGCCUUCCCACAGGGAGAGCUGUGUGCGGCUGGGGUUGCAACGACGAUGAGGCCCUGGGCUGA